AUGCAGAUUUUCGUCAAGACCCUCACGGGCAAAACCAUCACCCUUGAGGUGGAAAGCUCCGACACCAUCGACAAUGUCAAGUCGAAGAUCCAGGACAAGGAGGGCAUCCCGCCUGACCAGCAGCGCCUGAUCUUUGCUGGCAAGCAGCUCGAGGACGGCCGCACCCUGUCGGACUACAACAUCCAGAAGGAGAGCACCCUGCACCUGGUCCUGCGCCUGCGUGGUGGUGCCAAGAAGCGCAAGAAGAAGGUGUACACCACCCCCAAGAAGAUCAAGCACAAGCGCAAGAAGACCAAGUUGGCUGUGCUCAAGUACUACAAGGUCGAUGGCGAUGGCAAGAUUGAGCGCCUCCGCCGCGAGUGCCCCAACGAGACUUGCGGUGCCGGUGUCUUCAUGGCUGCCAUGCAGGACCGCCAGUACUGCGGCCGCUGCCACCUGACCUACGUCUUCGGCGAGAACAACUGA